AUGAAGCUCAAAAUUAACAAAGCCUCAGAUCUCAGCUCCAUCUCUGUGCUUCCUCCGCAGUCAAGGCGACCGAACGGAGCGGAGAACUCAAUUUUCGGUAAAAAUCAAGCGUCGACUUCGCAGUUGCGAUCACAGGCGUCGCAGCAAUCGCUCUCGCAAGGAAUUUCAGCUCAUCAAGGACUUUUCUCGCAGUUGUCGCAGAAUUCUCUCGACGAUCACAUCGCCAACGCACCGAAGUUGAAUUCUCAAGAAAGGGAGGCUUCUGUGCUGAGGAGUUCUUGCUUGGCUCCUGUUACAUAUCCUCGGGAUGAGAGUCAAAUGCAGGUGUCACGAUCUUCUGCAAAUUUGAUGCGUAAAUGGUCCACCCCUGAACAUAAAUGUCAGGUCAGUGAAGAACUGGAACAUAGAUUGGGAACAAUGGAAGCUUCACUAAGCAGAAUGGGGAUAAUCGUGGAGUCUCUUCAAAGUGAUAUCAUUCAAGUCAACAAAGGAACAAGAGAAUUGUUGCUUGAAAUGCAAGGUGUGCGCCAGAAGAUGGUAGUUCAUGAUGAUUUUCUGCAAUUAAUGAAGAAAGGACAGGAAGAUAUCAAAUCAUAUUUAGACAGGAGCUUGAAAGCUUUGUCUGGAAAGAUUUCAGAUAAAAGUUCUUCUCAAAGCAUAAGUGCAAUUUCUUCAACAGUAUCAGCUUUGCCACAGAAGAUUGAGACUUCAGUACUGAAAUUGCAAAGAGAACUUGAGAAGACUUUCAGCAAAGAAAUGCAGACAUUCUGUCGGAGCUUAAAAGCUUCCAACAAAAAAUGUGCAACUCCUGUUAUAAAUCCACCAAAGGCUACUGACCAUCUUCUGACUUCAAAAGUAAUGCAACCUCCGAAAAGCUUCCAAGUACAAUCCAAGGAUCAUCAAGCAACCAAGGUUCCAAGGGUCGAAACGGGAGGGUGGAAGACAGUAAAGCACGAGGAAGCUACUUUGAAAGACAAAAAGGCUAUGGCUAAUCCCCGCCUGAAAUGCGCUUCAGAACAAAAGCCUAUGACAAAUCCUCACCUGGCAGGAGCUUUAAGCCAAAAACCUAUUUUGAAUUCCCAACUGAAAGAAGUUUCACACCAACAGGAAAAAAAUUGUGAAGAUUUAACUGAACCAGAUGUGGAUACAGAUAUAUUCUGCUUGUUCGAUGAAACAGGGAAUAGUUCAAUAGAGCAAGGAACAGAUGAGUUCAAGCGUACACUGAGGAGAGCAAGAAGAAAAAAGAGAAAACACUCCAGCAUCAUCUUAAUUGAUUGA